ACCCAACCCUUCACACGCCGGCCCGCAACCUCACACUCCCGUCCCAUCCCAUCUCAUGUGGCCUUCUCCCCAUCCACACCUCCACUUUCCGCACCCCAAACCCCACAAAGCCCUACCACCUCCACCCCGCCGCCAUGGCCGCCGGCGGCCGGCCGUGGCGCGUGAUCCCGCGGCCCGUCCUCGAGACCGUCCUCCACAACCACGCGCUGCGCCCGCGCGUGCCGCAACCGCUGCUCCUCCACGGGCCCCGUGGCGUCGGCAAGUCUACGCUCCUCCUCCGCCGCCUCCUCCCGCGCUGGUCCGACCCGCCCCACUCCGCCGCAUUCGUCGACUUCCUCCACCCCGCUCCCAGUCCUCCCGCCUUCACCGCAGCGCCGUGGUCCCUCCUCCCCGCCGACCCGCCCCCCUCGCUGCCCGACCUCCGCCUCCGCCUCGAGUCCGCGCUCGAGAGCCUCGCCCGCGCCGCCGUCCUCCGCGGCGCCGUGGGAUCCAAGGACGUGCUCGCCGCGCUCUCCCGCACGCACGGCCUCCGUGCCGCGCUCUCCCGCCUCGCGUGGGGCUCCGCCGCCCGCUCCUCCAGCUCCUCCGUGCCGGCGCGCUCCUCCAGCACCUCCGUACCAGCGCUCUGGGCGAGGGCCGUGCUCGCCUCGGCCCGCGUGGACGACGCCACGUUCCGCAUUGGGGAGGGGGAGGCGACCAACUGCUCCAUGGAGGAGAGGGCGUACAUGCAGGAGGCAAUGGCGGCCAUGCGGGUGGCCAAGGAGGUGCUCGGGAUGCAGGAGGGGUGGAGAAAGGAGGCGGUGAUGGAGAUGAACAGAACCGGGCUAUUCUCACGCUCACUGGCCAAUUCGGCCACUGACUGGCCGUGCCUGCUGCUGGAUGUGCUGUCAGGUGCGGCAGAGGAGGAUUUCUUCCAGCCGAAGCUGGUGCUGAACAAUGUGGAUGUACUGAGGAAAGCGAAUUGCGAGGACGGGACGAUGGUCCCCGCGGCAAUGUACCAUGAUAGCUUCAUUUGGAGGGUGAUUGCGCUCGGUGCCAAUGAACAGUGCUUACCGGUCAUUAUGUCGACCUCAGAUGGCUACUAUUCUUCUCAAGCAUUCGUUGAUUUUGGUUUUCCUAACAUAUUUAUUUCUCGCGAGACAUUUGGUUGGACACCACAAGAAGCUAAGCUGCAUAUGGUUUCUGAAUUCUUCAGUGAACAGGAGUGGAAAGUUGUAGAUGAGGUUCUUGGGCCAAACCCACGACAAUUAUCUGAGAUAUAUAUGCUGAAGCAAAAGGCGAAUAGCCCAGAGGUUCUGCAUGACGGAAAUAUUGAGGAAAUUAUUGACACAUACCUGGCACACUUGCAAGUCUCUGUUGUGAAUCCAGCCAUGGAGACAGCACUAAGAAUGUUACAGAAGUUUGCCUCAGAUGUCCGUGAGGGUAAAGUACCAGAUAACAGAUUGUCUUUUGGUGCACCUUGGAGACAUCCACCUCAGGAUGACAACCCUGACUUGUCCUAUAAAUGGGCAAAGAUUCAGCUAAUGGAUUUUGCCCAAUCCUUUGUAAACACUGAGUUUGGGGUGAACUAUCUGGCAGAUGACAGCUUGGAAAUAUUGGAUGAUCCUGCAGCUGUCGCCAUGAUAGAGGUUGGUUUGGUUUAUCAACAAAGAGAUCCAUCCUUUAUGCGACCAAUCACUCGUGGGAUUCAGCGGUGUCUUGCCAGAUGGCUUGCUGAACAGAUAUUACAAUUGAACCUUCAAGAAUCAAUUGCAUACUUUUGGCAACGUGUAAUACGUGGAAGAAGCUAUCGUCACUUAAUGAAAGAAGUUGGCUACAAGUAAAGAGGUUAUUUGUAAGAAAAUAUCCAUGUAUCAAGAAGUGAUUCCAAUGGAUUAGAAACCAUUUCUCAAUUUUGACGUGAAACUGACGGGCGACUUUGAUGGACUGACAACAUCCAUUAGAAUGGUGACCACUCAUAUUCACAUUGGUCUGGAACCUUCGCUUUGCGUCAUGCUGGGCAGAGGUGGACAAGUUUAACGUUUUCAGCUGCUAACGAAAAGAACAAACCAAGUGUUGUCAGCUAUUCUUUUAGUUUCUCAUUUGACAGCCAGUCGUCAGGAAUGCCAAUGUUUGGUGUUUGUACUUUGGACUACGGCGAUUGCUCAACUGGCAGCAGAAGUUGACCUGAACGCGCUCAUAGAGCUGACAUGCUUUCGAACACACAACAAUUUCUACCUGUAUCAUAAUUUUUGGGACACGUUACUGUAAUUUAACCAAUGAUUUACGGCUCAGUAAUCAGCAGAGUGAGCAUGCUUCUUCCGUAGCCAAUGUAUGCAGCAUGCGUGCUGCUUCCCGUAUAGAUACUGUACUGGCGGAGAAGUGUCAGUAACGCUGAGGAUUGUGCGUUACUGAUACGAUUUGGUCAUGCUAGUAACUUACCACUUACCAAUAGGGAUUACAAUGCUUCCCGUAUUGUUUUCUUGGGGGAAAAUUAUUUGCUGCUGCAAACAUCAAAAUCCCAGAUAUGCCAUCGCAA